AUGCUUUUCUGCUUCUUCACAGUGUUCAUCCCAGAGAUAGCAUCUGCUACGUGCUUGAUGCCUCUAUUCUGUAAAUUUCUCUAUGUCAGGCAUGCAUUUUGGGAGGCCAACCAAGUGAAGCAAGCAACUUUAGCUGGGGCGUUUAUUAUGGUGUCUGAUUUUUCAGGGAAUUUCUUUGUUUCAUCUAAGCUUUUCCAAUGGUACGAUCAUGUUGUUGAUCUCCCAGUCAAUGCAAGCUCUCGUGAAGCUAAUUUUCCAACCUGUCGUAUUAUGACAUUGAGCAUCAAUGGGAGAAAUGUCAAUAAGCCGCAGAAUGCACAAGAGCAAGUGCAUGUCAUUUCACUACCCCAAAGAAGUGGGAGUAAUGUUGAGCAAUCUCAUAUUGUUGAGCAAACUGAAAUUGUUGUGCAACCUACACUUCAGGAAGAAGUUAAUGAUAUCCCAGCACCACAAGGUGUGGAGAAUAAUAUUGAGGCUUUAGUUCUGGAAAAUGAUGUUGUGAUUCAACAGCAAAAUCUAACUACACCUGUAGUGACUAGUCGUAGUGAGAGAAUUAUUAAAAAACCUCUCCGGUUUGCGCUCUUGGGAGAAUCUUAUGAUAGAAUCCCUGAAGAGCCUAAUACAGAACCUCUUAAUUACGACGAAGCACUAUAG